UACGACAGUUACUCAGUUGUAAUUAGUCAGUUUUAGUAAGCAAAAAAUAAUUUCGAAAAACGUUUCUGACUAUAGAAAAAAAGAGCACAGAGAAGUAAUAAUGAGUUCGGAAAAUUGGAGUUUGACGGCGAAGCUUUGUGAUUCGUGCAAAACGACGUCGGCAACGGUGUUCUGCCGGGCAGAUUCAGCUUUUUUAUGCUUAGGAUGCGACUGCAAAAUCCACGCGGCGAACAAGCUAGCGUCGCGUCACGCGCGGGUCUGGGUUUGCGAGGUGUGCGAGCAGGCCCCGGCGAGCGUCACGUGCAAGGCGGACGCCGCCGCUCUCUGCGUCACGUGCGACCGCGAUAUCCACUCUGCGAAUCCAUUAGCGCGUCGUCACGAGCGUUUCCCCGUUGUUCCCUUCUACGACUCCGCCGUCGCAAAAUCUCACGGCGGCGUUAAUGAUGAUGAGAAGUACUUUGAUAGUCAUGAGAAUAAUCCUCAACCGGAGGAAGAGGCGGAGGCGGCGUCGUGGAUACUUCCGACGCCGAAAGAAGGGACUGAUAAUCAGUAUAAAUCAGCUGAUUAUUUGUUUAAUGAUAUGGAUUCGUAUUUGGAUAUGGAUAUUAUGUCGUGUGAUCAAAAACCGCAUAAUAUUCUUCAGCUGCAUCAGCAGUAUUGCUCGGAUGGCGUGGUGCCUGUGCAGAACAAGAACGAGAGUAGCCAUUUGCAAGGUCCAGUUGUUGAUGGAUUUCCAACGUACGAAAUGGACUUUAUUGGAUCUAAACCAUACUUGUACAACUUCAACUCUCAGUCCAUUAGCCAAAGUGUUUCUUCAUCAUCUAUGGACGUGGGAGUUGUGCCGGAGCACAGUGCAAUGGCGGAUGUAUCAAACAGCUUAGUGAUGAACUCAUCGGCCGACACCGUAGCGAACGCAGUCUCUGGUUUAGACAGAGAAGCAAGGGUAUUGAGGUACAGAGAGAAAAGGAAGAACAGAAAGUUCGAGAAGACUAUUCGGUAUGCUUCUAGAAAGGCUUACGCAGAGACCCGACCCAGAAUCAAAGGAAGAUUCGCUAAGCGUACUGAGAUUGAAGUCGACUCCCUUCUCGCCGCCGAUGCGUCUUAUGGCGUUGUUCCAUCUUUUUAGGAGUUAUAAAUAUUUAUGUGGAAUUUGUCGACUAAAAAAUGAAAAAACAGUUGGUUUUUAGUUUUCUCCUUUUCAUGUUGUUAUUAAUGAGGAUCAUGAUUAUGUAAAUAUUCUUAUUUUGUUCCAAUUUUGUUCUUUAUUUGGUA